GCAUAACCGCUUUAAGCUUCUCUUUGGUGUGAGUCAUAAAAGUAGCUCUGUGAUAUCGCACACCAUUGCACGUUCAGUUAUAUUCAAUCGUAAAGCACAAUACAUUAAGUGCGUUAUGUCUGAUUGAGACAAGAAAUUUCUGAAGCAGUUUUUACUUAUACCUUGAAUCUCUUGCUAAUUGCCUGCGUAAUAUUUGUAAUAAACUCGGUUUUACUCGGAUUUUAAGAAUAUCCGGCGAGUAUUGCAGUAUAAUAUUUGAGAUUAUGAAAACUUAAAGCUGCAAGAUUUUGUCAAGUGUGUUAGCCGGUUUUGUAGGAAAUUUUUUAUGAGAAUAUAAUUAAAAGUAGUAUAAUAUAAUUCUUACAAACAAUGACUACAUUAAGUGGUUUUAUGGAAUUCUUUCAAAAAGGAAAGACAUUUCGACCAAAGAAAAGAUUUGCUCAUGGAACAUUACGUUAUUCUUUACACAAGCAGGCUCAAGCUUCCCUUAAUUCUGGUAUCAAUUUAAGAGCUGUGGUAAAAUUACCUCCUGGAGAAGAUUUGAAUGACUGGAUUGCUGUACAUGUUGUAGACUUCUUUAACAGAAUAAAUCUUAUAUAUGGCACAGUAUCAGAAUAUUGUGAUUCGGCAUCUUGUCCAACAAUGAGCGGUGGACCACGUUUUGAAUAUUUGUGGGCAGAUGGUGAAAAAUAUAAAAAACCAACAGCACUACCAGCACCACAAUAUAUUGCUCUUCUUAUGGAUUGGGCUGAAACUCAAAUUAAUAAUGAAACAGUUUUUCCAGUAUCAACAGAUGUGCCGUUCCCCAAAACAUUCAUACCAUUAUGUAGAAAAAUCUUGACACGUUUAUUCAGAGUUUUUGUCCAUGUAUACAUACAUCAUUUUGAUCGUAUUGUAGCAAUAGGAGCAGAAGCACAUGUUAAUACAUGUUAUAAGCAUUUCUACUAUUUUGUAAGAGAAUUCGAUUUGAUCAAUACUAAGGAAUUAGAACCAUUAGCUGAAAUGACCUCUAAAGUUUGUAAAGAUACUGCUUCUCCUACCCAAAGCACAGCACCAUCAAACAAUCAUGCCAGGUAGUUAUUUUAAAGUCACUUUUAACAAAAUUAACAAUUACAAGUUACAGUAAAAUAACAGAAUUUUCCCGAGAAGGUAAAAUUACUUCAUACAGUGGUAGAAUGUAGGUCGUGGCAUUUUUUGAAUUAUACGCGACAUUCGUUUAUUAUUAAGAGCAUUUUAGAAAUAUGAUCUGUCUAAAUACUGCUUUAUUCCUAAUUCCUAGUAAAAAGUAUCAGUUAAUUUUUUAUAAACUUUUUACUUCAGUUAAAUGAAAUUUAUAGCCCAUCAGGAUUUAUUCAUGCAUUAUCACUAUGUCAGUAAUGAUUAAUAUGCUUCACUUCUCUUUACAUUACUUUCUAUCUUUUAUUGAAAGUAUUCUAAGCGAUAUAGGUUCAUAUUUUCAGAUAUUGCAAAUAUUUCAAUUGUCAUUUAAAUAUUUCACUUCAAGGAAUAGUAAAAAAAUACAUAUAAGAUAUAUAUACGUUACUUUUAUAAAAUCUAUUGUUUAAACACAUUUAUACUGUAAUGUGCUUAAAAGAUAGUCAUAAGUGCAAUAUCUAAGAUUUUUUAUUGUAUAUUAUGUAAUUAUUUCUAAAUUAGUUAUAUUACGUAAUUAUUUCUAAAUAAAAGUUAACAAGCAAUAUUCAUAAAGCUUAAACUUUUAUAAUCCAAGAAAAUAUAUUCCAAUAUUUUCUUCCUAUGGAAUAUUAAAUAUUUAACUUUUAGAGGGUUGAGAAUAUGAAUCUCAAAAAAUUCGUUUCUAGUCUUCUUCUUUAGUGUCUUUCUUGUGUGUAUUAAGACAAUAUCUUAGAUUUAUUUAUUUAAAAGUUAAUCAAAUAAGAGUACGAAUUUCUAAUUCAAUAUAAUAAUAUGGAUAUUAAGCUUCACAUGAAGGUUGAAAAAAUUAUUACACAAAAUUAUAUGUAACUUGCUGUGCACUUACGAUUAGUAUUUCAAGCAUAUACUUACACUGAAAUAUAAGGUUCAUUUAGAUCUCCAAUACGCAUAAUAGAAAUAAAUUUAAGAAUGCUAUUGCUCACUUAUCAUUACUAUAGAUUAGGUAUUUAAGUAUUUUGUGUGCAAUGAUAUUAGAAGUAUAUCAUAUAAACUAACCAGAACUAUCCCAAAUUUCUAUGAUCACAAAGAGAAUAAUUUCUUUAUUUUUAUUGUUAUUUUAUAUGGCAAAUUCAAUUUCAUCUAUCGACAUUUAUAUAAUACAGAAAAUUUUUAUAUAAUCUUUUUAUAUAAUUUAUACUUUAUAUAGAAGCCUUUUGCUAUAUCAAAGGUCUAAAGAUAUCAGUUAUGCCAAAGCUUAUCAUAUUACUAAAUAAUAAUUAACUUUUGUAUGAUGUAUGAGUAUAAAUAUUUUUUUGCAAUUUUGCGGCUUUUGGAAAUUGCUUUUAACACCUAAAACUAUAUGUUUAAAGUGACCAUAACAUUGUCUAUGUCAAAUAUAUACAGUCUACCGCAGAAGUACAAACAUAAAGUUUGAAGUGUUCUAUUUCCUUUAAAUGCUAUACAUGAAAGAUUUUCAUAACAACAUGAAUUGUAUGUAUUGUGUAUAAAUAAAUAUAUAUUCCUAAUUA